UUCUCGUUGUUGUUCCUGUGAGUGAUCAUUUCUUUUUUUUUUUUUUUUUCUCAGUCUGAGUAUGAUCUAUAGUUCAUGUAUUCAAAAUACCGCACAGACAAGUGUGUCCUUCUCUCUCUUUUUUUUUAGUUCUUUAAUAAAAAAUAUAAACAUUUUCCCUAUAUGCUGUCAAAGGACUUGUCACCUACGAAUGCACCUUCAAGUUCUAUUUCCAUUACAACAAAAGCAAGUCCCAUCAUCAAAACAUCCACUCAGUCUAAUCCGGGCUUAUCCUUCUUUUGUCAGCCCAUUGUCUCAUUAUCAAAACCAGCUAAACCUGCAGCUCAGCCGAUGGUAGUAAGCCGAAUUAACUUGCCCAUCUCGCGACCUAAAGAAGAGGAAGAAGAAGAAGAAGAAGGAGAAGGAGAAUACAAGAAACCAAACUUUAACCCGGUACCAAAUAAGAUGGGUAUUGGCAUAGGCACCUUUAUGCUGAGAGGCAUCCUUUCACAGCAAAAGGCUCUUGAUGAAGCAAGAGUGCAUAGAAGAAUUGAAGACUUGGAAAUCGAAAAGAAAUCACUACUCAACUUGAACAAGACGCUCGAAAGUGUCGUCAAGGAACAGACAAACACGAUCAUCGAUUUACGAAAGAGACUUGCUGCUGUAGAGUAGAGAGACCACUCGUGCCUGACUUAGAUACAGCUCCGAGCAAGAGCGGAAUAAUGUCAUCACAUGAGGAAGAAGAAGAUGCGGCGUUUGAGAAAAUACGAACGAUGC